ACCACAAAAAUCAUUCCCACCUCCCAGGUGGUUUCCAGUAAUACCAGCUUUGCCUUCCAUCUGUACCGGAGGCUGGUACUGAAGCCUCUGAGUCCAAACAUCUUCUUCUCCCCCAUGAGUGUCUCUGCUUCCCUGGUCAUGCUCUCCCUUGGGACCCACUCAGCCACCAAGACCCAGAUCCUCCGGAGCCUGGGGUUCAACCUCACACAAACGCCAGAGUCUGCCAUCCGCCGGGGCUUCCAGCAUCUGGUCCAGUCCCUCAAUGUCUCCAGCAAGGACUUGGACUUGAAGAUGGGGAGGGUCUUUUUCAUCAAAAAGGAGAUACAGCUGCAGAAAAGUUUCCUGGACAACGUUAAGAAGCUAUAUGAUUUGGAAGUUUUGUCUACAGAUUUCUCCAGCACCUCCACUGCCCAGGAGAGGAUCAACAGCUAUGUGGAGAAGGAGAUCAAAGGCAAGGUUGUGAACCCAAUCCGAGAUCUUGAACCUCUGACAGCCAUGGUCCUGGUGAGCCACAUUUUCUUUAAAGCCAAGUGGGAGAAGCCCUUUAACCCCGCGUAUAAAAGUUAAAGCUUUCCAUUCCUGGUGGGCAAAAGGACCCCUGUGCACGUUUUAAUGAUGCACCAGGUGGAACAGUUUGCUUUUGAGGUGGAUCCAGAGCUGAACAGCUCUGUGCUGCAGAUGGAUUACAGUGGAGACACCAUGGUCUUCUUUGUCCCCCCUGGCAAGGGCAAGAUGAGGCAGCUGGAACAGGCCUUGUCAGCCAGGAUGCUGAGGAAGUGGAGCCGCUUACUCCAGAAGAGGUGGUUAGAGGUGUUCAUUCCAAAAUUUUCCAUUUCUGCCUCCUAUGACCUGGAAACCAUCCUCCCAAAGAUGGGCAUCCAGAAUGCCUUAGGCAAAAACGCUGAUUUUUCUGCAAUCGCAAGGAAAGACUUCUUGCAAGUUUCCAAAGUGGCUCACAGGGCUGUGUUAGACGUCAGUGAGGAGGGGACCCAGCCCAAAGCAGCCACCGCCACCAAGCUCACAGUCCAGUCAAAGGAUGGCUUCUCUUACUCCACCAUCUCCUUCAGUAGGUCCUUCAUGCUGCUGCUUACAAGCAAAGCCACAAAGGACGACGGCUUCCUCGGGAAAGCUGAAAACCCCGCUAAGCUCUAG